AUGAAAUCUAUACGCUUCAAUCGCUGUCGUCUGGACUGUGUUCACAGACUACUCCAGGGUGUGUUCGCUCGCUAUGGCAUGUUUGUGGCUCGUCAACCUUUACCUUUCAUCAUUAUUCCCACACUGGUGGCUGCCUUGCUCGCUAUCGGUAUGAUACGACUUCAUGAAGAAACAAGCAGCGAGUAUCUCUUCACUCCCACCAACGGGGCUGCCAAGGACGAGCGAAGCGUGGCAGGAAGUUUGUUUGUCAUGAAUGACACCAAGGAAUUCGACAGUCUUCGCCUGUCAAACUUCGGCAGGUUUGUUCAUCUGAUAAUUAUUCCCAAAAUGUCUGCUGUCAAGACGGUAAUCCGAGAAGAUGUGAUGACAGAAAUGAUCCGUCUUGCAGAUUUCGUCAAAAAUCAUUCGUCACCUCUUCCGUACAAACAGGUCUGUGCCGUCAAAGAAGAACAGUGUGUGCAUGAUUCUCUCCUACAACUCAUCUACACCAACAGAUCCAAAUAUCUACAGCAAAACUUCACGUUUCCAGUCGCUGAGUCAGAUAAUGGUGACUUCUUGUUUCUUGGUAACAACCUGGGUGGACUAGAGUACGAGUACCAUAUACCACAUCACAUCGCUAGUGCUGCCGCUGCCAAGAUGGAAUUCUGGCUCAGAGAUACGGAAGACAGUAAAAAAUGGGAAGAAGAAGUACUCAAUCACUUGAAGAAUUUUCACUCUGACAUUAUCGAUUUCAAGCCAUCCACAUCUCAGGCAAUCGACACAGAAAUGGCGGCUGUAACAAAAGCUGUGAUACCUCUCUUCUCUAUUUCGUUUACUUUGCUCAUCACGUUUGCUGUGGUGUCACUCAUUAUGUUGGACUGGGUACGUACCAAGCCAAUGGUCGGUCAAUUGGGUGUGUUAUCACCAGGCUUGGCUGUAGCUGCGACCAUUGGUUUUCUCUCUGCAAUUGGUGUUGACUUCUGCAACGUGGUGGGCACAAUGCCAUUUCUCAUUAUGGGUAUAGGGGUAGAUGACAUGUUCAUCAUCAUCGAGGCUUAUCGUCAUACGAAGCCUGAAGAUACUGUAGAAACAAGAAUGAACCAUACUUUUGUGGAGGCGGCAGUUUCUAUUACAAUCACCUCCAUUACAGAUUUUCUGGGAUUUGCCAUAGGCGCCAUUACGUUCUUCCCAUCUGUCCAGCUGUUUUGUAUUUACACAUCAGUGGCGGUCAUUUUUGAUUACAUCCUGCAAAUUACGUUAUUUGCAGCGUUCAUGGCAUACGACGCUCGUCGUGAAGAUGCCAACCGUCAUGCCGUCACCCUGCAAGUUGUGCUGCCCAAGUCAGAGUCUGAAGAAAAGAGCCGGACAUAUCGCAUCUGCUGCAGCGGAGGAGUAAAGAAGGAUGGCAACAUUGUGGCAGAACAGGAGGAACAUCUUGCGGUAAAAGUGAUCCGACAAUUCUAUGGACCGUUUUUAGUAAAAAAGCCAGUAAAAGCAGCCAUCAUGGUGGUGUUUGCCAUCUAUGUUGCGGUGUCAGUGUACGGAUGCACCAGAGUGAAAGAAGGAUUAGAACUAAAAAAUUUAGCCAGAGAUGACUCUGACACGCAUAUAUACUUUGACAGACAAAAUGAAUUCUUUGUUGAGUAUAAACUGCAGGUGAUGUUCAUGAAGACAGAGCCAACCGACUACUGGGAUGAGACCGUGCAGAGUGACAUUGACGGUGCAAUCACUGACUUGAUCAACACAAAAUAUGUGGGAGCCGCGUCACCACGGAAGGUCACGUGGUGGUUGCACGACUUCUUGGACUUUAUGAACAAAACACAAGGGCAACGUGCUGCAAGUGCUAAUAAGAGCCAAACUAUGAAUAUUCUUCACAACUUCUUGAUGCAUCCAUUCUACAAACAGUACAAAUUGGAUAUUCAAUUCAACGACAACCAAACGUCCAUCAAAGCAACGCGUUUCUUCAUUCAGACCAAUAAUCUCACUGAUGCUAACUUAGACAGCGGCAUGAUGACGACGUUCCGAGAUAUCGCUGAGCGUCACGGUCUGGUGGCUUAUCAUCCAGCAUUUAUAUUCUAUGAUCAAUACACUGCAGUCCUUCCUAACACAUUGCAGAAUAUUGGUAUAGCUCUCAUAGCCAUGUUGAUCGUGUCAAUACUCAUAAUCCCUCAUCCAUUCUGUGCUUUUAUCAUCGUCCUCGCCAUUGUGUCCAUUGAUGUGGGGGUGAUCGGUAUUAUGCAGUUCUGGGGUGUCAACUUGGAUUCAAUAUCAAUGAUCAACCUCAUUCUUUGCAUUGGAUUCUCUGUUGACUUUUGUGCACACAUAACGUAUGCUUUCAUGGUAUCCAAGUUCAAAACACGAGACGAGCGCGCUGUAGAUGCACUCUAUCAGUUAGGUUAUCCCAUAGUGCAAGGAGCUGUAUCCACCAUAUUGGGUGUUCUACCACUGGCAUUCUCUAACACUUACAUCUUCCGUACUUUCUUCAAAACUCUGUUCCUUGUGAUAAGUCUUGGAUUCUUACAUGGUAUGGUUGUUCUUCCUGUCGUCAUGUCACUCAUUGGUCCAGCAGAAAAAUCCAGAACUGUAAUUGAUUCUAGUCAUAAACAUGCGGAAAACGGUGGUCCUAACUUUGACUUGACAUAUAUAAACAAAAUUGGUAGUGUAGAAGAACUAGAAGCUAAAGGAGUCAAGAAAAACAAAAGUAUAGAGGUAAAUGGCAUGUUCAUUAUCAUUGAGGCAUAUCGUCAUACGAAGCCUGAAGAUACUGUAGAAACAAGAAUGAGCCAAACAGUUUCACGGAGGCGCCAGUUUCUAUCACAGUCACCUCCAUUACAGAUUUUCUGGUAUUCACGGUUGGUGCCAUUACCAUUCAUGGCAUAUGACGCUCGUCGUGAAGACGCCAACUGCCAUGCGGUUACGUUACAAGUUGUGCUACCCAAGUCAGAGUGUGAAAAAAUGGCUAGACAUAUCGUCUGCUGCAGCAGAGGAGUAAAGAAGGAUGGCAAGAUUGUGUCAAAGAAACAAGUAAAAGUAGCCGUCAUGGUGGUGUUUGCCAUCUACAUUGCAGUGUCAGUGUACGGAUGCACCAGAGUGAAAGAAGGCAUAGAAUUGAGAAAUUUAGCCAGAGAUGACUCUAACACGAGACGUCCCAUCAAAGCGACGCGUUUCUUCAUUCAGACCAAUAGUCUCACUGAUGCUAACUUAGACCGUGGCAUGAUGACAACAUUCCGAGACAUUGCCAAGCAUCAUGGUCUGGUGGCUUAUCAUCCGGCAUUUAUAUACUAUGAUCAAUACACUGCAGUCCUUCCUAACACAUUGCAGAAUAUUGGUAUCGCUCUCAUAGCCAUGUUGAUCGUGUCGAUACUCAUAAUUCCUCAUCCAUUCUGUGCUUUUCUCAUCAUCCUCGCCAUUGUGUCCAUUGAUGUGGGGUGA